AUGCCGUUGAUUAACUGUAUGAUGGAUUGUGAGAUAUCUGAUGCUGGUUAUAUUGGAUCAAAGUACACAUGGUGCAAUGGUUGGGCUCCAAAGCAAAGAAUAUGGAAAAGAUUGGAUAGAGCCUUAAUCAAUUAUCUUUGGAAUCAAUGUUACAACAAUACAACUAUUACCCAUCUUGUAAGAACAGGGUCUGAUCAUGCCCCUUUACUUGUUUCAUUCUCGUCUAAUACCUAUACACCUCCUAGGUAUUUCAAGUUUCUGAAUCUUUGGGUGGAUGAGCCCGAUUUUAUGGAGACUGUCCAGAAUGCUUGGAAUAUAAAUAUUGAAGGUAGUCGGAUGUGGAAGUUUCAUAUGAAACUCAAAAACACCACCAAACAGCUUUCUUGGUGGUCUAGAAAUUGCAUUGGGAAUAUUUUUAAUAAUACUAAGAACAAGGAGAAGUUGGUGGCUGAUAUGGAAGAACAAUGUCAACGAAAUAAUACUGAAGAUAAUAGGAUGAAAUUGAACCAAGCCAAUGCCAUCUUAAUCAGACAUUAUAAGGUGGAAGAAUCUUAUUGGAAGCAGAAAUCUAAUAUUAAGUGGUAUAAUGAAGGUGAUUUGAACACCAAAUUUUUUCACUCAGUCAUGGCUUCCAAGAAGAGUAGACUUGUGUAG